AUGAAGAUCCUCACUCCAGCCUUCGCCUCCCUCCUCACCGCUCUCCUCGCCAGUGCCCAAAGCACCGCACCAUCCGCUCCUCAGCCUGAGACAAAGUGCCCAGCAUUCCCAGACCGCCUCAUCCUCUCCAAACUCCCCGACCCCUUCACCUUCUUCAACGGCAAGAAGGUUAGGACCAAGGACGACUGGGCGUGCCGCCGCGCGGAGAUCAGCGCGCUCCUCCAGCGCUUCGAGCUCGGUGACCUCCCUGGCAAACCGGACAAGGUGGUUGGCGUUAUCGACGAGAACCAUCGUUCGAUCACGGUUAAUGUUACGGUUGGCGACAGGGAGAUUUCGUUCACCAGUACCAUUAGGCUUCCGGAACCGGUCAAGCCUGAACCUGAGCCCUCACCCGAGCCUGAGCCUGAAGAACCCGAGGAGCCCUCACCCGAACCUGAAGAACCUGUACCCGAGCCAGAAGAGCCAGAACCCACUCCCGAGCCUGAGGACCCCGACUCAGUCAGCACCCCCAAGAAGAAGUACCCGGCCAUCAUCUCCCUUGGGUACGCGAGCAUCCCCGCACCCGAAGGCGUCGCCGUCAUCUCCCUCAACAACGACCUCAUCGCCGAACAACAAGGCCGCACGCGCAGCCGCGGCAAAGGGCUCUUCUACGACCUCUACGGCGCCGACCACUCCGCGGGCGCGAUGCUCGCGUGGACGUGGGGCGUCAGCCGCCUCAUCGACGCCCUCGAGUCCGCCCAGGGGUCGCAGAUCGACACGAAGCGCCUCGCUGUUACGGGGUGCUCGCGGAACGGCAAGGGCACGCACGUCGUCGGCGCGUUCGAGGAGCGUAUCGCGCUGACGAUCCCGCAGGAGCCUGGGACCGGCGGCGCUGGGUGCUGGAGGAUCGCGGACCAGCUCAGGGACGAAGGUCUCACCGUCCAGACCGGCUCGCAGAUCAUCACCGAGAACGUGUGGUUCUCCACCCGCUUCGAUGAGUACGCGAAUAAGACGGGUGUCCUCCCGUUUGACCACCACUUCCUCUCGGCGAUGGUUGCGCCCCGUGGGUUGCUCGUGCUUGAGCAUAGCGGGAUUGAUUGGUUGGGUCCCGAGUCGACGUAUGGGUGUGUUUCGGCUGCGAGGAAGGUGUGGCAGGCGUUGGGUGCGCAGAGGAAUGUUGGGUUUUUGCAGGCUGGGGAGCAUAAUCAUUGUCAGUUCCCUGAAUCCCAGAGGAAGGACUUGGAGGCGUAUUUUGAUAGGUUCUUGAAGGGUAAGCGAGCCGAAACUGGACACUUCAAGACGGAUGGGGAGUUUGAGUGGGAUGAAUCCGAGUGGAUCGAUUGGGAGACUCCCAGAUUGCGCUAG